AUGGAGACAAUGUAUAUUAUCUUGAAAAUCAUGGGAUUAUUUGGACAUCAUUUCCGUCGGAGAUCAUUUCUCAAAAGUAUUUGUUCAUCGGUUAAAUUAAUGUUCAUAUCAACGGUUAUUGAAUCGGUUUCAUCAACUUCUGAAGGUGUUCCUGGUGAUGAAUUAUCUCAGUAUUAUUAUCAUUCCCUUGGAUAUGAUUUAAUGGUUUAUGGAAGUGUAACAUUAUCCUUCUUCUUAGCAUGGAAAUUAUUGAAAAUUUAUCGAGAAUCAAUAACAAUUCCAGUCUAUGAUGCAUCAAAGGGCCACCAUUGGGUCUCUUUCCAACUUCCCCCUGUCAUGGUUUCCAGUGUUGUCUUUUGUAAUGUUUGUAAAGGUCUAAUUGUUGAUGGGCUUUAUUGUGAUUAUUGUGGCAUUUGUGCUGACAGUUCUUGUCAUCAUUCAGCUGACACCCAAAUUCCUUGUAAAUUAUCCUCAGUUGGCCUGACAGAAUCACCCGCUUUUCACAGACAUCAUUGGGUUCAAGGGAAUAUAUCACCUCAUUCCACUUGUACAGUUUGUGGAGAUGAUAUUGGAGAGGAAGAAGAUUCUCUGAAAGAUUAUCGAUGCUGUUGGUGCCAGCGAACAGUUCAUGAGGCUACUUCUUGUUUCUCUCAAAUAGCUGAGACUCGAUGUGAUUCUGGCAAAUAUGCUUCAUAUAUCAUACCCCCUGAAUCGAUUAAAUGUCAAUCUGUUCGUUGGUAUCGAGGAAGAAGUCGAAAUUCUCGAGUAGUUUGCUCAAUUGAUCCAAUUAGACCCUUUGAAAAUUGGCGGCCAUUAAUAGUCAUCGGUAAUCGUAAAAGUGGAAACAAUGAUGGAGUCAAAAUUUUACGCGCUUUCCGUUACAUUCUCAAUGGGUGUCAGGUUAUCGAUUUAGAUGAUGAACCACCCGAACAAGGUUUAUAUUGGUGUAAAGUGUUGUCCAAAAGUCAUCCCGAUGUUGUACCAAUCAUCCUUGCCGCUGGUGGUGAUGGUACAAUUGCUUGGAUCUUGCAAACAAUUGACAAACUUCAACCAAAUCCAAUGCCAAUGAUUGGCAUUAUCCCGCUUGGAACUGGAAAUGAUUUAUCUCAAGUUCUUGGAUGGGGAGCAAGUUUCAACUCAGAAUCACCACUACGUCAAAUAAUGGACUGUCUGGAAAGGUCACAAUGUGUCAUGUUGGAUCGUUGGUCAGUAAAAAUAUCACCAUCGAGGUUUGGUCUCUCCUUUGCCUACCGAAGUCUAGUUAUGAACAAUUAUCUGUCCAUUGGAGUUGACGCUUUGGUAGCAUUGAAUUUCCAUCAAACUCGAGAAUCAAAAUUUUACUCAUGGUUCGGCAGCCGAUUGUUCAAUAAAUUUUUAUACUUCAGCUAUGGAACCAAAGAUAUUCUGGAACGUAAAUGUAACCAAUUAGAGGGUAAAAUUCACCUGGAACUGGAUGGAAUCGUCCAGGACUUGCCAGAAUUGGAAUCAAUUGUCCUUUUAAAUAUUUCUAGUUGGGGUGGAGGUAAAGAUAUUUGGUCGAUCGGUCGAAAUGCUGAAAGCACUUUUCCAGAGCAAUCUAUUGACGAUCAACUUAUCGAAGUGGUUGGGAUCACAUCGUCUUUCCAUAUCGCCCAAAUGAUGGUCGGUCUUUCUGAACCUUAUCGAAUUGGUCGAGCUAAAUCAGUGAGAAUUAAAAUCUUCGAUCAACUUCCGAUGCAAGUUGAUGGCGAACCUUGGAUUCAACAUCCAUGUACAAUUAAACUCGAUUGGUACAAUCAAGCCAAAAUGUUGAAAGUAAUUCGAUAGAAUCAAUUCUCAUUAGUUGACUUCCCUAAUCAUCAAAUUGUAAAUUAUUUUUACCAAAUCACAAAUUGUUUCUAAUUUAAAAAUCUCAAUCCUCGAAUCCUCUUGUGUGCAGAAUUGUACAAAUUGUUAGAUUAAUUUUAAUUGUUGACUCACUUAAUUGAAUUCCCUCAAUUUUGGUUCUUAAUUAUGAUUCUGUUUUCAAAAACAAAAAAUGAACCUUUAAAUGUCCAACAAUCCAACUCAUCUGUUUACACAAUCAUCAUUGUUGAUUAAUCUUGAGAUUAAUCAUUUUAUUUUGACACAAUUUAACCAGGAUUUAAAUUGUCUUCCACCCUGAGAAUAUAACAAUCAAUUGUAAUUAAAAGUUUAAAGGGAAAACUCAAA